AUGCACGAAAAAAAUGAAUCAUCAACGAUUAAUUUUAUUAAGAACAUUUUUUCAUCACGACGUAUCAGCUUACCCAUAACUGUUCCUACGAACACAAUAGUUAAUAAUAUAAAUAUCAACAAUAACAUUAAUAAUAGUAAAAAUGUUAUAAAUGUAAUCAGCAGCUUAGGAUUAAUUCUACAAUCACGUCCACCAAAUUUACCUGCCAAAAAUUCUCGCGAAGAAUUAUUACACCGCAAACAAUAUGACGCUCUUUUGGAUGCAAUUAAAAAACGAGAAUUACGUAAGGAAAGAGAUUAUCAAAAGAGACGUGCUCAACAAUUGGAGGAUGAAAAUAAACUGUCUUCGAAUUUACAGUAUUGGGAUCAGAAAAUAAUUCCUAAUUUCAAUCAAAUCAAAUCAACUGCUGAGGUACGUGAGUUAUGGUGGUUUGGAAUUCCAUCAGCUGUACGUGGACGGAUUUGGCGUCUUGCCGUUGAUAAUAAUUUGAAUUUAACUGCUGAAACAUACACAGGCGCUUAUUGUAUUUUUAAACCGGAAAUUGGGUAUGUACAGGGUAUGAGUUUUAUAGGAGCUAUGUUAAUACUUAAUAUGGAUACACCUGAUGCGUUCAUUUGUCUAGCUAAUUUAUUCAAUAAUAAUUUAUAUCAUAACACAGCGUUUACGUUAAAUCAAAUAAAAAUUAAUAAAUAUUGGACUAUUUUUAAUGAAUUAUUAUCAAGAAAUUUAUCUUGUUUGCAUAAACAUUUUCUUGAAAUCAAUUUGACUCCAGAUUUCUACUUACUUGAUUGGUUGUUCACAAUUUAUGCUAAAGCAUUGCCGUUAGAUGUAACAAGUAGAAUUUGGGAUGUUUUUGUUAGAGAUGGGGAUGAAUUUUUAUUCAAAACUGCUAUUGGUAUUCUUAUGUUAUACAAAAAUGAAUUAUUCUCUAUGGAUUUUGUGCAUGCUGCACAAUUCUUGAUAAAACUACCGGAUACGAUCAAAGUUGAUGAAAUGUUUAAGUGCAUCAAAUCAGUCAAUAUAGAAAUUGCCGGUAAGACUUUUGAUCAAAUUAUUUUAUCAUUAUGA